AAGUACAAAAACUAAAGUAUUUCUCGGACUCCAUUGUGAUAGUUGGCAUUGAAAUUGUUGACAAAAACGGAACUUGUAAAAGAAAAGAGCGUGUACGUGUCAAAGUGUUCGUUUUAUUUUCCGAUCAUUUAGCUCACGAGAAAAUCAAUAUAACUGUGAAAACAGCACUGUAUAUGCUUUUUUCUGUGACACCGAAUCUCACAGCAAAAGGGAAAUCACUAGGGGAACUUGAGUUUUUCAAUAUAAGAGAAAAAUUGUCAAGUUUCGAGCACAGCAGAGGGGAGUAAUUGAAGGAGAAACAACGGAUCUGUUCCACCCACAACAACAACAAGAACAACAACAAUCCAGAGUAGAUAAGAGCAACAGCAAACAGAGAGCAACAUGGCAAAUGUAUUAACCAAUCCGAGGUACAUGUAUGGACCGACUGCUGCACUCGAGUUGACAGCGGUUCUCGACCAGGUGGACAACAAUACGAAUGCUACGCAGCUGUUCAAGAACAACAUCUACAACAUCAUGAACGAGUACAAUCGGGAGGAAGCGCGCCUGAAAACCUUCGCCAAUUGGCCUCUGGCGUGGCUCGACAAGCAUCAGUUGGCCCGAACGGGCAUGUUCUAUACGAACGAUAACGAUAAGGUCAAGUGCUAUUUCUGCGAGGUGGAGAUCGGGCGCUGGGAUCUCGAUGAUCAACCUGUACCUGAGCACCUGCGCUGGUCGCCCAACUGUCCGCUCCUGCGCCGUCGCACCACCAACAAUGUGCCGCUGAACAGCGAGGCCCUCGACCGCAUCCUGCCCCCCAUCAGCUACGACAUUUGCGGCGCCAACGACUCGACGGUCGAGCUUCGCGAGAGCGCCUAUGCCGAGGGCCGCAUACCCAUGUCGCACAUUGCCCAGUCCAUCGCCACGAAUACCGCCGUAUCCCCGCUGAUGAGCUCCAUUGCCACCUCGACGGCGGCCACCCAGGCCAACGGGGAUGUCCAUCCGGAGUCGUGUCGGCAGGUAGCCAGCGGAAAUUAUUUUCCCGAGCACCCCGAGUACGCUGUGGAGUCGACGCGCCUGCGCAGCUUCGAGGAGUGGCCGCGCAACCUGAAGCAGAAGCCAAUGCAGCUCGCCGAGGCGGGUUUCUUCUACACGGGCGUCGGCGACCGCGUCCGCUGCUUCAGCUGCGGCGGUGGUCUCAAGGACUGGGACGACAACGACGAGCCCUGGGAGCAGCACGCUCUCUGGCUGAGCCAGUGCCGCUUCGUCAAACUGAUGAAGGGGCAGCGAUACAUCGACACUGUGGCUGCCAAGCCGGAGCCAGUCGCAGAGAAAGAAGAGAGCAGCACAAGCGCAGACGAGACGCCAGCUGCAGCUUCCUCCACUACAACGACACCAGCCGCGACGGCGACAGUCGGGGCCCCUUUUGGCGAUGUGGGCCCAUCGGCGGCCACUUGCAUAUACGAGAAGAUCGUGUCGAGCGCCAGUACCACCACGGCAACAGGGGCCAUUCCCGGCACGGCUGGAGGUCCCCCACCGGCGCCCAACGGCUCGCCGGUCAUUCCCGAGGAGAAGCUCUGCAAGAUCUGUUAUGCCGCAGAAUACAACACGGCGUUUUUACCCUGCGGCCAUGUGGUGGCCUGCGCCAAGUGCGCCUCGUCCGUGACCAAGUGCCCGUUAUGCCGGAAGCCCUUCUCCGAUGUGAUGCGUGUAUAUUUUUCUUAAGUACUACCAUUAGGCGGAUCUCAAGUAUUAAUCAAAAUUGUAGCAAAUUAAGGCCCAAUAAACGGUUGCAACGG